AGGAGGGAGCAGCUCCCUCGCACCCAGGUGGGAAAGGAGCCUCCUGCCCCGCAGCGGCUGCAGGGGAUGAGCCGGUGGGCGCACAUCGGAUGGACAGGAGCCCCCCUGGCUCCGGCUGCCCCAUCCCCAGCCAAGUCCGACCAACUCGGCGCUGCCCUGGCCCCCGCACCGCCGGCAGAGCAGCGGGGCCGAUCGAUGCCUUGCUCACCACGGAGGCCACGUAAAUGGCACAUCACCGCGUUGCGAAGGCUGCCGGUGGGGAUGGAGACGGCCGCGCUGCCCUCCCCCGGGACUCUCUCGAGUCAAUGGAGUUUAUUACUUCAACGUAUUUCCUCUCUCCUCCUGAAGAGCAUCUUCUCCGCCGUGCCGCUCUGCCAGCGAGGAUCCGGCCCCCGGCGGAGGCAGGGGCUCGGCACCGAGGCUGGCUCGCACGGCGCUGGGAGAGGAAGCCCCCGACGCUCCCCCGGGAGCCUCUCCGCUGACGGAGGAGGGAGGCAGCCGUGGGUAAGGGCAGCCGCUUUCUCCGAGGGGAGAGCAGAGGCAGGAUUUCUCCAGCCUGCCUCUUAAGGCAGCGACGUCUCCAUCCCCUCCCUCGCUCCCUCCCCGCCCGACCGUCCGGCAUAAGGGUGCUGGGACCUCGUCCUUCAGCUGGAGCUUCCCGACCAGACCCAUGAAUCCCUACAUCAACUGCUCCGGCCCCGAGCUCCCCCUGCCCCAGCGAGACUUUCCCGCAGAGCCCCUCAGCCCAGGUCUCUGCAACAGGACUCACCCGGACGCCUUGUUCGACCCCAAGGACGCCAACCUGACGGAGGAGCAGCUGCGGGAUAAGUACCUGGGGCCCCGGCGGUCCAGCUUCUUCGUCCCCGUCUGCGUCGUCUACCUGCUGAUCUUCGCCGUGGGGGCGGUGGGCAACACGCUGACCUGCAUCGUCAUCCUCCGGCACCGCUUCAUGAGGACGCCCACCAACUACUACCUGUUCAGCCUGGCCGUGUCCGACCUGCUGGUGCUGCUGCUGGGGAUGCCGCUGGAGCUGUACGACAUGUGGAGCAACUACCCCUUCCUGCUGGGCGCCAGCGGCUGCUACUUCAAGACGCUGCUCUUCGAGGCCGUCUGCUUCGCCUCCAUCCUCAACGUCACGGCCCUGAGCGUCGAGCGCUACAUCGCCGUGGUGCACCCGCUCAAGGCCAAGUACGUGGUGACCAGGAACCACGCCAAGAGGGUGAUCGUCGCCAUCUGGCUCGUGGCGGUCGUCUGCUCCAUCCCCAACACCAGCCUCCACGGGCUGCGGCCUCUCUACGUGCCCGGCCGGGGCCGCGUGCCCGACUCGGAGAUCUGCACCCUGGUGAAGCCGCGCUUGACCUACAACCUCAUCAUCCAGAUCACCACCAUCGUCUUCUUCUUCCUGCCCAUGGGGACCAUCAGCGUCCUCUACCUGCUCAUCGGCCUGCAGCUCAAGAAGGAGAAGAUGCUGGAGGCCUUGGGGGCCAAGUCCAGCGGCGACAGCGACUACCACGGCGUCCAGGGGCAGAAGAAGGUGAAGAGGAGGCAGGUCACAAAGAUGCUGUUCGUGCUGGUGGUGGUGUUCGGGAUCUGCUGGGCCCCCUUCCACACCGACCGCCUCGUCUGGAGCUUCGUCUCCACCUGGACCAGCCGCAUGCUCCACAUGUUCCAGUACGUCCACAUCAUUUCGGGCGUCUUCUUCUACCUGAGCUCGGCCGCCAACCCCAUCCUCUACAACCUGAUGUCCACCCGCUUCCGCGAGAUGUUCAAGGAGGUGAUGUGCCACCCGGGCCACCGCCCGCCAGGCUCGCGCAAGUACUCGCCCAGCGUCACCCACGCCACCACCCGCAGCACCGAGUGCGAGCCCGUGCCCGGCGCCAACGGGCUGCCCCUGUCCGACGGCGAGGAGUACGAGAUGGAGGAGAUGGAGGGGGGGCAGGCGGCCACGCACGCAACGUCCCUCUGCUGAGGAGCUAGGGGGAUGCGGGGGGACGGGGACACCCUGGCACCCACCUGGGCGAUGGAGGGGGGAGAUGGGGAGAGCCCGCCUUCUGGUUUUGUCCCGCUGGGAUGCGGGGUGCUCUUCUCAGGAUGGUUUUCUUGGCAGCUUCAGGGUGGUGGUGGCUGUCCCUCGCCGUGCUAUGCACAGGUUGCGUUGCACCCUGUCAGUAGCCAAGGCCAGGGCACCCCGCGUGGUGCAGGGACAGCUGGCUGCUUCCCCAGGGCCACGCCAGCGAUCCCCCAAACUCCCCCAUCCCUCCACGGCUCAGGCAUGAGCCCGUGUGUGCCCAUGGGCUGGGGACCCCCAGAGAUGCUCGCACCCGCUGGGUCAGGAGAGGUUUGCAAUGGAUGGAGCAGAGAAAACCUCUGCGGGUGCCCCGCUCUCCUCCCCGUGAUGCACACCUGGCACCUGGCCUGCCUCCCUCCUCUUCCUCAGCCACCACAGCCCCUGUGCCGUGCAGGGCAGUGAGGACAACCUCAUCCCUGCCCUGCAUGAGCUGAUCCUCACCCAGGAAUUAAAAUUCCCUUGAUUUGUGCCCUAGCUGCAUCCCCCAGGACCCAGCUCUGCUCCCAGCACCCAGCCCUCUUCCCACAGGGGGACAGCCACCGGGACGCGCACCGAUCCUGCUCACCGCGACGCACGGGGCCGCCGUCAGCCCGCUGCCUGCGGGGCGAUGAUGAUUGAUCUGUCCCCAGCCACACGGCUCGGGAAAUGUCACAAAAUGCCACGGAGGGCAGGCGGGCUGGCCGCGCUCCCCCCGGGCUGGAGGGGCUGAUCGAUUUGCUGCCUGGGAUCAAUGCCGCCGGCUUCCUGGCGUGCACCAGGUCCUCCCAUGGGAUGAGAUAGCCGGGCUCUGAAACAGGCUGGGAUGUUUCCCAUAGGACUUUUCCAGUCCUGGUUGCCCCCUGGCCAGGAUUUGGGCUUGCAGAAUCCUUCCUGCCCCACAUCAUCCUAGCCUCAGCCUGGAGUCAGUGCAGCCAGGUCCCCUCCGAGCUCCCCAUCCCCACUGGAUCCCUUCAAGGUCCUGUUGUGCGCUGUAGGGUGAGGAUGCAUGCGGGGCUACAGCAACCUUUACAUUUCAGGGUCAUCCCAGCUGCCCUCCAGAGGAUGUCAACGUGGCAAAACGCAUCGAUCUCCUUCUGUUUUCCUCCUCCUCUGUCUCCCGUUGCUCCCGGUCCCAGGCAGCCAUGAGGGUGGAGGUGACGGAUGCCUCCUUGAUGGCUGUUAAUGCCCCAUGCAGGCACCUCCCCUGGCUGGAAACCUCCAGGGAAUGGCUUUUUAAUAGGCAGUCGAUAGCGUUUUAUUGCGCAGCCUGCGCAGAGCUUCGGGUCCCUCACGCCCUGGGUCAGUGCACCGGGCUCUCGGGUCAUGUCCCCAGCUGUCCCCUGACACAGCCACGCUCCCGAUGUCCCCACCGUCCCUCCUUGGCCACCCCGAAUUUGCUCUUUGAGAUGCAGGGGGUGAAGUUGCUGGUGAGGCUCCGGCGUGGUGGUGCCUGUCCGGUGGGGAUGCUGGGGGCUGCUUUGUCUUUUGGAUCGCCUCGGGAAGCAUCCUUGCAAAGCCGCGGCUGUGGCAUCUCCUGGGUGGAGAUCUGAGGGCAAACCUCGCCCCUCUGGCUGUUUUGGGACAGCACAGGGGGACAACCCCAAGCCCCCGUGCAUCACUUGUGGCCCUGUGGAACCUUCCCAGCCGCGUGCCGGGGGCUCAGGCAAGUGCUUACGCCCGGCUCAAAAAUAGGUGGCUGGUGACUGAGCGCUUCUGCCUCAUUUCCCAAAAGUAUGCUUAGGGAAAGGGCUCCUUGUCCCGCCGAGGGGAGAGCGGCUUGCAGGAGAGGAGAGGAGCUGCUCCCUGGCUGCAAAUCCCACGGGAUAAAUCAGAGGAUUACUCCUGCCAGGGGAUGUGUACAGGCGGUGAGUUGAAGCCUGGGGUGUUGGUGAUCUGCUGAUGUUCAGGCAGGGCUCAGCG